AUGUCCGGCUUCAACGACUACAACACGAACACCCUCGGCGGCGGCAACUCUGGCCAGCAGAAGUACGAGACUCCCUAUCAGACUGGCAAUGACGCCAACACUAUGGCUGGCCUCGGCGGUGACCAGUCGCGCACUGGCUACGCCUCUUCUGGUGCAGCAGGCCCCGGCGCCGACAAUAUGAACGCUGGCGGCUUCAACGACAUGCAAGGGUCCGGCGGCGCCGGCACUGGUCUUGGCAUGAUGGGCGCCGAGCGUACUGGCCGCUUCAGCGAAUCUCAGGGCUACAGCACUGGUGACCGCGACACUAGUGGCUUCAAUACCUCAUCUGGCGGCGCUGAGAACUACGGUCGUAUGGACCCAGAGCUCAGUGGCGGCCAGGGUACCGGCGCGCACAAGGCGAGCAUGAUGGACAAGUUGCGCGGGACGACCGAAAAAGUCGGCGGGAAGAUGACUGGCAACCCAGAGAUGGCCGCUCGCGGCGAGGAGCGCAAGCGCGGCGAGCUCUGA